AUGAACAGUGGGAUCGCCAGACGAACGCUAUCACCGAUGGACCACACUCCAAACCAAAUGGAUAACCAACAAGUGUCCGACCUCACAUGGAUCAUGGUCACCAACCCGCAGCAGUCCAAGGAUAAAGAGAUGAUGAGGAACGUUCGCAUCAAGGUCAUGAACGACUACCUGACCAAGGAGCGACGCAACCCAAAUAGUACCGAUGCUCGUGUACGACAUACCGUCAGACGCUCCAAGCCUAGCACGUCGCCAGAGUCGAGGAAGAAGUCAUAUCCAUCUAGCACGAGAAGUCAAUCACCUCGUGCUAAAGACUCGGCGAUGCAGUCUGCUCUCCCAUCACCCGAGGCAUCAUGCAUUCAAGCACAUUUGGAAGCGAACAUGGAGUCCCCAGACGAUACAGACUCGACUGCACUGACAUCACAAGCGGUCCCGAAUGUACGACUGGCAGGUAUCGGUGCGAAAUUGGAUGUCUUCGAAGCGAGUCCGCGAUUUGACGGAGAGGUCAUUGAUGUCCUUAUGCUAAAAUACAACUGCACGACAUAUUUCGCAAGCCAGGCCAUGUGCAAGAAAUGGGUCCCGAUGUUGUUCGCUGGUCGGGCAUCAUUCCUCAGCACAUUGUGUAUAUCAUCUGCGUAUCUUGAUAUGAUGCAUAUGGACUUCUCACACAGGCUGACAGUGAAUUCAAUCGAAUCUGUACGAACUCUGGCGGUCAGGGAGCAGACCGUACAACUCAUUAGCAAACGUCUGUCCGACCCAGAAACUUGCUGCAACGACGCAAACAUAGUCUCGGUCGUGCACCUGCUGUUUGGUGAGAUGAUUGUGGCAUGCCCGCUGGCCUUGCAAUGGCACGAAGACGGGCUACACACAAUGGUGGAACACAGAGGCGGUCUAGACAACUUGGGCGGUCACGGCCUCCUGGCUUCAAUGGUCACCAUCCAAUUCUUCGAAGUUUCGGUGCUUCGCGAAAGCCGUCCUCGACAACAGUAUCUCAACUAUGCCCGCUUCAUCACCGAGAACUCGACGCAGGGCCGUACGUCCGCAGUCCCAGAAACGCCUUUGUACCAUGCCACAGGUGUACACCAUACUCUAGCCCGAACGCGACGAUGCGAUGAAGAUACAUUGGACCUCAUAAACCUCGUGCGAGAUCUUACGCAAGCCGUCGUGCAGCUUUCGGACGCAUCCGCCGAAGACUCCCCUUCCAGCGGACCUUUCGGGCCCAAAGCAGCGAGGAGGAUAUAUACAGACCUAGAGGUUCAAGCAUUGCAAGAGAAGAAACACAAAGCAAUAGAGCAGAUUGUCGCACUCGAGAGUCGACCCGAUCCUGUCUACGAAGCAUUGCGCCUCUGCGCUCUGCUGUACGCCACAGCCAUCCACCUCAACAUGCCUUUCUCGACUACUGCCCGUUGCUUCCCCAGUAAUAUUGUGAUACAGAUCAGAGACAACCUUCUCCGUACAGACCUCUCGGACUGCUGGAACAGCAUGGUGGGAAUGCUCUUCUGGUGUACGAUCGUGACUGGAGCAGCGUGCAACGACGCAGACGACGAAGACGUUGAGGUGCUGGCAACUAAGAAAUGGAUGGUGGCUCACGCGAUCAGAAGCUCGAUCUUGCUGCUGUUCCAGCACACGCACGCUAUGGUAAAGAUGCUAAGGACAAUAUUGGUCGUGCAGAAGGUGUUGAGAUGUUCAGCCGAGGAACCAGAGAUCUGA